UCAAAGGAUACUGAGACAAGAGAAGCGAGCCAAGAUGCUGGGUGAAUAACGCUAGAUCCAGCAGGAUACUGACAGAAGAGUCUACAGGAUGGCUAUAUUCCACAUCAAGUACCCGAGACGGAGAGGAUUUCUCAAGUGGGAUGAAUUGGGUUGUCUGGCAAGAACUCUUGGGACCAACUCGACUAAACUCGCCCUGCAGACCGACUCUACUAAACUCGCCCUCCAGAACAACCCGACUAAACUCACCCUCCAGACCAACUCGACAAAACUCGCCCUGCAGACCAGCUCGACUAAACCCUGUUUCCAAGUCGACCUCUUCGAAAGCAACGUCACGGACGAAAUUACAGUGGAAAAGGAUGGCAUUCUUAUCAAGAAUGUCCUGCUCAUGUUGGAGUACAAGCUGCUGGAGUACCUGCACCAGACGAUCAACAUGCACAGCGCUGAGUGGAACAUGGCCGUCAUGAGGAAAGUCAUGCUACUGCUUGACCACAAAGCCCUGUCGUUUGAGGAGCUACACGACGUGCGUGUGGCGUACCAGCUGUACGGAGCAGGGGACAUGAAGGGCAUGUUGUUGGACAAACACACUCUUCUGAGGUGUCUCAAGAUGUGUGGGAGGAUGAUAGCGCCGUUGAAGUUGAUGCAUCGGAUCAAACACAUGAAGGAGCACUUCGAGGAGACUGGGCGGAUCCAGCUCGCAGAAUUCCUUGAUCUCAUACUCUGGUGCGACCUCCACUCCGGCUUCAGACAUGCAGACAUGGAAUACACAGAAGGCAAGAAGAACCAGCUCUUUAAGCUGGUUGACUUUGAGAAGCUUCUGUGUCACCAUGACGACCGUAUUGCCUGGGUGCUAAACAAAAAAUAUCUCAAAGAUGAAUGGGACUUUGGACACGAGACCCUCGGCAGUAACAGAAUGUUUAAGGAACCACCCAUCACCAAUGAGGCAAGGAUUCAGCAGACCAAGUUCCACAAGAAGAGUUACUGUCAUCUGAAGAAUGAGGUGGGACGUUCACAGAAGCGUGUGUAUCGAGCUCAUGCAGGCUACAUACGAGGACGACCGAUCACAGCGCCCAAUCUAAGCAUGUAUGGACCCAAAGAGGAGAAGCAGAAGGCUGUUGAGACCACAGCAAAGGAGGCGUAUCAGACAGUCAGACAGAGGCUUCGAUCGGCGCCUUCCACAGCCAGAUCAACGUCUCUGUUUGCGGAUCGUCCCACAACGAGGCAGUAUCAACGACUGACAACGCCCCGAGUUGUCACCAGGGGAGAUUUGUCGGAGGUUGAGACGAAGCUAAAUGGCCUCAAGUUUGAUAUGAUCACAAUGGACAGCAAGUAUGACAUAGACAAGGAAGAGAAGAUGGACCACUAUCUGCCUGGGUACCGCGAGAAGCUUGCACAGAGACCUCCCCAGGCCCUGUCUGUUCCUCCUCCGGAACCAAAGCCAGAACCUCCCAAGUCCACCCACUGGACAGAGGAGGUGAUUGAGGAGCUGGUCCAUCCCAAACUGAGGCUGCCUCCCUCUCAUGCUCGCAAGUGUGAUGCCAGAUACCGAGGCUGGCAGCAGGUGAAAACAAGACGAGGGUCACACUUUGUCCUGGUGUCUCGAUGCUACGAUUCGUCCCCAAAGGGCAACCUGUUCACCAAACUGCAGGAGCGAACCUUCACACCAGUCAGGCACAUCCACAAGGACCACCUCUACCGCAACACCAGCAUCAAACAGGUCCAGAAAGGGAAGGGUCGCUUGGGUGAAGACAGACCUGUCACAGCUCCUGCCUUCUUGCAGAGAACAAGAGGCAGAGGUGCGAAAGAAGAACAGUCUGAAAACAUGGAGGCAGAAAGCUUUCAUCAACAGGAUCCUAUCCCGGGAGAUGCGGAUCGAGAAGUUGCAGUUGCAUUUUGUGAAGAUGCCAGGCAGGAAGACAGGAUGGAGGUAGCUGAGAGGAGGAAUGACAAGGAACCAAGUCUCAAGGGGGCUGACUUUGGGUAUGAGUCUUUUGAGGAGGAGCUUCAGAACAACGAACCUCAGGUGUGGGGCAGCCAGAUGAAGGGAGCUGUGGUUUGUGAUGAAGGUAAUAUGGACAGUGGACUCGGUGAGGAUGUUGAGGUGCCAGUGCCCCACAUGGAGCACAGCAAACCCAAGAUUGUAGAAGUUGGACAGAUUGGGACAAUAGCUCUACUGGAGCAGAUAGCCGAGUCUCAGGACCUGGAAGAUAUGUUCAGUCAGACCUCUCGCACUCGCAAGACCGAGAAUCAUGAGUCAGAUGGCCCAAAAUCAGAAGAGAGGAAAAGUAAUCCGCUGUCCUCACCUGUGUCAGUCAAGUUCAAUCAAGUGACUGAAGUACCAUGUACCUCAAGUCCAGAUCCUGAACUGGAUGGUCCCGGUGUUGCCACGAAUGGACACACCGAGCUCGAGGAGCUUAAUAAUGACAGGACUGAGUCCACAAGCAUGGAGAACCGAUCUGAGUCAGUCAGUGAUGGUAGGACAAUGAAUAACCAGAAUGAACCUACACCAAACAGCAGGACAAGCGAACAGAGGAGACAGUCUUUGACAUCAGAAUGUAUGGAAUCUGCAAAUCAGGUCCAGGUUAGGAAAGAUCUGAAGCCAAGAAGUGCUAGCAGUGUUCGAAGUUCAAACCGUAGCACCAGCCCAAGCCUGAAGCGUUGCUACUCAGCAGGUAGCCAAAGGAGAAGCAGCUCCCUGACCGGCAACAGCAAACACUCCAGGCUUGUCAACAGAAUCAGUGACUCCAUUUCUCAAGAUCUCAGGAAAAGAUUACUAUCUGCAGGGCAUUGUUGA